AUGGCCGGCAGUCUAACCGUGGACCUUUUUGCCGAUUUUAGGUCCAUCAUCCGCAGGAAUGCUGUCUUCCUGACCACCAUCUUCGCCGGUGCCUUCGCUUUCGAGCUUACCUUCGACACCGUCUCCAACAAGGUCUGGGACACCUGGAACGCUGGCCGUCAAUGGAAGGACAUUAAGCCCCGCUACCUGGUUCAGGAGGAGGAGGAGGAGUAA